CUUAUUGAUGAGUUUCUUUAGAUCAGAGACAAUGGCUUAUUAUUAGAUAAUAGUACCUAAAGAGAGUGCAUGGGAAGUGUUUAAUCAGAUGGGAAAAUUGAGCAUGGUAGAGAAUGAAAAAUUUAUUUAAGGUCUAAGUUGUAGACAUGUCACCAGAUGAGCCUCAUGUGAAUAGACCUUUUUAUUAAUACAUAAGGAGAGCUGAUGAAGUGAUUAGUAAAUUAAACGUACUGGAAACUGAGAUGUUGAAGUACAAAAUAAAGAAUCUAAAAUGCUCUGAUUAUUAAUAAUUCUUAGAAAGAAUGUCCUUAUAUACAAAGGAUAUAAACUAAAGUGAGGAUAAAUGGUUUGAUCUUAUUGAAAGUACUUUGGAUGAAAAAUAUAGUAAUUUAUUAUCAUUAUCUUAAAGCCCAAUUGAUAGAACAGAUUCAAAAUUUAGAGUAAAUAUCUGUUCGUAAAAACACUUUAUUUGAACAUAAAGCAGUUUUAUUAAAAUCAAAGGAAGUGUUAGGUCCAACUUAUUUCACAAAAGGAAGAAAUGUGGCUAUCAAUCCACAAAUAGGUGGUAUUCCUGAUUAACAAAAAGUAGUACAACCAUGUAUAAAUUGUAUGUUAUAAUGAUUAUAGUGUACAAUCUAAAUUAUUUGGUGGGUGUUGUUGAUAGACUAGAAGCCAAUCGUUUUAAAAGAAUGGUAUUUAGAGCUUCAAAAGGAAAUGCUUGGAUUGUGUUGUCUGAUAUAGAAUAUUCAAGAAUUGAUGCCUCACUAGAAUCAGGGAACUUGGAUUCUGAUAAGUCAGCAUCAAAGAAUUUGGAAAAAUAAAGAACAGUCUUUUUGAUUGUUUAUACUGGAGGUGGAUAAGAUUUCUUAAGGGCCAAACUCAAUAAAAUUUGUGAUUCCUUUAAUUGUGCCAAAUUUGUACUUCCAGAAGAGCCUUAACUGUUAGUUUAAAAGACUUUGGAACUAGAUCGUUCUUUAGAUGAAUGCGAUAAUGUAUCAUGAAAUUUAACUUUUAGUUAUUGAGAUUGACUGCUGGUAAAAUUAAAGAAUUAUUAUUGGAAUAUGCUUAGAUUUAACCAUAAUUGAAAAUAUCAUUAUUAGAAAUGAGUAAGCUUUUGAUGGUCAAAGAAAAAGCGUUAUAUACAAAUUUAAAUUAUCUUUAUUAAAAAGAAAGAAUAUAUAUUGGGUUCUUUUGGGCACCUAAACAUUUUGAAGGGGAAUUACAUCAUAUGUUACACCAAUUGAGUGUUUAAUAAAGUAAUGUUUCAGUGGGAUAAAUAAUUGAGUUGGAACCACCUGAAAAGGUACUUACACCAACCUAUUUUAAAAUAAAUGAAUUCAACUAUGUAUUUUAAGAAAUUGUUAAUACUUAUGGAAUACCAAGAUAUAAGGAAGUAAAUCCUGGAAUGUUUGCUGUAAUGUUUUUCCCAUUCAUGUUUGGUAUAAUGUUUGGAGAUAUAGCCCAUGGUGGUGUUUUAUUUGUGUUAUCAUUUUUAUUAGUAAAAAAUGCUGAUAGUUUAAGAAAAUUACCUGAUUUUGCUGGUUUAAUAUAAGUUAGAUACUUAUUUUUAUUAAUGGGGUUAUGUGCUUUGUAUUGUGGUUUAAUAUAUAAUGAUUUCAUGUCUUUAACUUGGAAUCUAUUUGGAAGUUGUUUUGAAAAUGUAGAAAAUUCAGAAGAGACUGUAUAUAUAAAAGGAUGUACUUAUCCAAUUGGAUUUGAUCCAAAAUGGUUUAUAGCAAGUAAUGAAUUGAAUUUCUUUAAUUCUUUUAAGAUGAAGUUUGCAAUAAUUUAUGGAGUAUCUUAAAUGAUUUUUGGUAUUUUAUUAAAAGGAGUGAAUACUAUUUAUUUUAAAGAUUAUUUAUCAUUUGUAUGUGAGUUCUUACCAUAAAUGAUAUUUAUGUGUAUUACAUUUGGUUAUAUGGCAAUAAUGAUUAUAUUAAAAUGGGGAUAGAGUUGGGAAGGAAGAACAGAUUAAGCUCCAUCAAUAAUUAAUUCAAUGAUCAAUAUACCAUUAUAAGGAGGAUCUACAGAUGGAAAACCAUUAUUUCAUUUGGAAACAUAAGAAUCACUUUAAUAAUCAAUUUUAUUUUGGUCAUUUUUAUGCAUUCCAUGGAUGUUGAUUCCAAAACCAAUAAUCGAAGUUAUUCAACACUAUACUGGAAAAAAGCAUGAAAAUAAACCAUCAAAGGCCCUUGAACCCAAGGAUGAAAGUAAAGAAGCUUUAUUACCAAUGUAAUAGAGUUCAAAAUCAAUUAAUUAAAGUGCAUUAGCAGAAGAAUUAAGAAUGUAAUUAAUUCAAAAAGAAAAAGAGAAGGAAAUAAGAAGGAAAUAAUUAGAAGAAUAAAGAUUAAAGGAAUAAGCAGGUGAUGAUGUUAAACCAUAAGAUUAACCUUAAUAAUUAUUACCAAAAUAAUAAGAAUAAAGUGGAGGACAUGGACAUGGACAUGGCCAUGAAGAAUUUGAUAUUGGAGAACUUGCAGUUCAUUAAAUUAUUGAAACAAUUGAAUUUGUUCUUGGAUCUAUUAGUAAUACUGCUUCUUACUUACGUUUAUGGGCCUUAUCUUUAGCUCAUGGAUAAUUGGCCAAAGUAUUUUUCGAAAAAUGUAUUGGUGCAGGAAUUAUUGAUGGAAAUGUUAUCAUUUUAGUAAUAGGUUGGCCCAUAUUUCUACAUUGCACUAUCGGAGGUAUUUCUAUUCUUUAUUUUAGUUCUAAUGUGUAUGGAUCUUAUGGAAUGCUUCUUACAUGCUUUAAGAUUGCAAUGGGUAGAAUUCUAAAGCAAAUUCUAUAAAGCUGAUGGUAUUAAGUUUAUGCCAUUUUCAUUCAAGGAAGUUCUAACUAACUAGCCUAAAGAUUAAUGAAUUAUUCAUGAACAUUUAUAUAUCAUAC